UUCAUGCUUGACAAUAGUAGUAAACAGGGGAGCAAAGGAAGGCUCUCCCGGAACUCUGCAGCAGCCGCAUCGGCUCUGACAAUUUCAACAUUGGGGUUCGGUCCAACAUGGCGGCGCACGGAUGGAAAUACUGAUGACAGUCCGAAAGAUCGCCUCGAUUUGUACGAUGGGCGCCAAUGCCUCUGCCUUGGAAAAGGAGAUUGGACCAGAACAGUUUCCCGUUAACGAACACUACUUUGGAUUAGUCAAUUUUGGCAACACUUGCUACUGUAACUCGGUUCUACAGGCGCUCUACUUCUGUCGGCCGUUCAGGGAGAAGGUGUUGGCCUACAAGGUGCAGCCCCGCCGCAAGGAGUCGCUCCUCACCUGUCUGGCUGACUUGUUCAACAGCAUCGCCACGCAGAAGAAGAAAGUCGGAGUCAUUCCUCCCAAGAAAUUCAUCUCGCGACUGAGAAAGGAAAAUGAGCUGUUUGACAACUACAUGCAGCAGGACGCCCACGAGUUCCUCAACUACCUCCUCAACACCAUCGCCGACCUGCUCCAGGAGGAGAAGAGCCAGGAGCGACAGCAGAACGGAAAGCUGGUGCAGAAUGGUGGCGGAGGUGGGAGCACCGGAGGGGGUGAGGUAGGAGGCGGAGGAGACAGCGAAGGCGGGAAGGAGACGCAGCAGACGUGGGUCCACGAGAUCUUCCAGGGAACGCUGACCAAUGAGACGCGCUGCCUAAACUGUGAAGCUGUGAGCAGCAAGGACGAAGACUUCCUGGACUUGUCGGUGGACGUGGAGCAGAACACCUCCAUCACACACUGCCUCAGGGGCUUCAGCAACACGGAGACGCUGUGUAGCGAGUACAAGUACUACUGCGAGCAGUGUCGCAGCAAGCAGGAAGCCCAGAAAAGGAUGAGGGUGAAGAAGCUGCCCAUGAUCCUGGCACUCCACCUCAAGCGCUUCAAGUACAUGGACCAGCUGCACCGCUACACUAAACUAUCCUACCGUGUGGUCUUCCCCCUGGAACUACGCCUCUUCAACACGUCGGGCGACGCCACCAACCCAGACCGCAUGUACGACCUGGUGGCCGUCGUCGUGCACUGCGGCAGCGGACCCAACCGAGGCCACUACAUCACCAUUGUCAAGAGCCACGGCUUCUGGCUGCUGUUUGAUGACGAUAUUGUGGAGAAAAUCGACGCACAGGCCAUCGAGGAGUUCUAUGGUCUGACGUCAGACAUUUCCAAGAACUCUGAGUCGGGAUACAUUCUCUUCUACCAGUCCAGAGACUGAAGUGGCCCCGGUGUUGGAUCCCAAACCGGGUUCCCCGGACAGAAUGGCGGGGCCAGCAUCCCAGCCUUUUGUUUUCCGUUGGCGGAGCUUUGCACUGGAUCUCAACCCAUCAAUGCAGCCUCGGGGAAGACCAGCUCACGCCAAUCCGUGAGGUCAACCUAAGCCACGUCCGCCGCGGUGCGCUUUUGAGGCGGACUGAACAACUCUGAUGGGACUAAUUUUUGUGUGCUUAUAUGAAAGCUUUUUGACAUUAGCUUCCAGGGUUCCAUCUAGCAUCAUGCUAAACAGGUUAGCGGUCCAAAGUGUGUUCCGUGUCGUUGCCUUAGUUCACAGGUUUAUUUCAAUUUAUAUUGUUCAUCUGAACGCUACAUGCAGUCGCUCUGAAUGUUUCUUUGCGCAACUUUUCAUUGCUCUCGACGACACAUCCAAGUGGGGAGCAGCUGCAGACGACGCUCAGCUUCCUUCUCCUGCUCGAGUCGUUCUUCUGCCUCCGCUUGAUUUCUUUGUACCAAAUUCUGUUUACAUGUGAAGCUAAGUAUUCAAACUGAACAAAAAAAGCAAGCACACCCUUGCAUCAUUCGAACACGCACAUUCAAUCAAGUUGAAUUCAUUGGUUGUAAUUAGUGUUUUUAAAAUAUAUAUAUUUAAAUAUUGA